GGGGUGACUCCCCACCGGAGACUGGGACGCAGACGUCAUACUUGCCGUGUCUCCAAAGCUCUUCGUCGGGCGUGGGGGCAGUUGGAGAAGGAAGAGUCGUCCCUUCUUAUCUUCUUCCACUGGUCGGAGCAGUUCCGAUGUGGUGGCCACUGCUGCUCUACUUUUCCUUCUCGCUCGGAUGCUGUCCUCCCUCACGGCGUCAUUGGUCCCUCCAGGAGUCAUCGUCAACACACUAGUCCUCUUUUCUUUGAUGUCCACUUCGCCUGCUGCGUCUGGAAUUGUCUGCACAUUGUUUCAUUGGGUGAUUGAUUGGAUAAACGUAAGCAUGAGGAGAAGACCUGGGAUUGCAGGUUUAAAGAGUGCUGCUGCUGCACGGGAUCAAUAUCGACUAGUUGGUGAAAAUGUUGCCAGGAUCAGGGCAGAUGUCAUGAAGGAACAGCUCGAAACAUUUCGAACUCAGUUAGAGGAUUUUGCUCGCAAGCACAAGAAUGACAUCCGUAAAAACCCCACAUUUAGAUCACAAUUCCAUGAGAUGUGUGCCAAAGUUGGAGUUGAUCCUCUGGCCUCAAACAAGGGAUUUUGGGCUGAGUUGCUAGGGAUUGGUGACUUCUAUUAUGAGCUUGGAGUUCAGAUUGUAGACAUAUGCUUGUCAACUAGAUCUCACAAUGGAGGUUUAAUCAACUUGCAAGAGCUCUGUAGUCUUCUUUGUCAGAGGCGUAAAGUUGCUCGGGAGGCUGUUACUGAAGAUGACUGCCUCCGUGCUAUAAGCAAGCUAAAGGUCCUGGGUAGCGGUUUUGAAGUUAUAUCAGUUGGCAAGAAAAAGCUUGUUCGUUCGGUGCCUACUGAGUUGAACAAGGAUCAUAAUGAAAUUCUUGAAGUGGCUCAGGCUCAAGGUUACGUGACCAUCGAAGAACUCGAGAAGAGACUUUCCUGGUCCUCUGGUCGUGCGAUCGAUGCUCUUGAGACUCUGUUGAAGGAAGGUCUUGCCAUGAUCGACGAUGGUCAUAGAGAUGGAAAGCGUCGGUAUUGGUUUCCCUGUGUGGCUUCCAUUUUCUCUGCCCCGGGAUCAGAUGGUUUUAGAUCUUUGUAGUUGUCAGACCAUGAUCUGAUGCGUACCAUUUCAAGUGCUUGUACUCUUGAGAACAUCUAAAUGUUUGAUAUUUUGUUAUCGAGAUGAUAAAAUAUAAAAAGAGGACUGUUUUUAAUGUAUCAGACCAAGUGAAGAUAUCCUGUUAUUACUGA